AGGUGGAGGAAAAAAAGGCACUUCAGAGUUACCCUCAACAGGGAGGGCAGCUUUGCUUUGCAAGAAACACCUCAGACAGAAAUGCAACAGACCUCAGACGUCACUCACUCAAAUCUAACAAAAACACAAUUACAUUUAUAGCCUUCUUUAUCCAGAAACUCAACACGAAAACCAAUUUUAUUAUCAUCAAAUUUAUGUAAUAAACAGCAAUCAGCAAGCAUGAAGAACUCAAUCUGGAUGUUAAAAUCUGUGAAAAGCAAGAAUGUUUAUAUUUAAAUAUUUACACUAAAGCAAUGAAACAAUUUAUGAGUCACAGACAGCACAGAAGUUCAGAUUGCAAGGAGCUGCAGUUGGAAUGAAAAGCAUCGGUCCUCAGGUGACAGGAAGCUGCCCAGUAAGAGCCUUAGACACCUAGGUCGUCUGAUGUGUGCAUCAACCAGCUCAAGACCUUUACCCAUGCAGGUUAAUUCUGGUGAAUUAAAAAAAAAACACUUAUUUUUUUCUGCAUUUAAAACCUGCUCGGAGGAAUCUGCAGCGCUACAAAACUACCGAGUUGGUGAGGAAGGCUGAUGAUGAUGUACAGUUUCAUGAAGCAGUUGUGCCUCGAGUCCAGCAGAGGGCUCUUCUCUACACGUUUCUGCUCCAAAGGCCUGAGAGGAGGGAGGAAACUGGAGCUCCGAAGGUAUUUCCCUUUUCAUUCCAGUCUGUAACAAGGAUGGAGCUGGAACUCUAACCACAGCAGCUGGAGCCUGCGCAGGUCCAGCAAAGCUCAGAGUCUGUUCGCAUUUUACUUCAGAACCCCUCAACAGAUCUCCUCCAUUUCAUGGUUCCUGCAGGCCUUCUGACCAUGAAGCUCUGGGUUGUGUUGUUACUGGCUGUGCUCUGCUCAGAGCUCCAAAUGGGUUGUUGCCAAGGGGUCAAGAGAAAAAAAGACGUAGAGGAGAGCCGAGGGAGGCGGGUGAGGGUACGGCAGCCUGCCCAGAAUGACAGAAAAGGCAAAAGCCAGUCCCUGCUGACGCGGGUGCUGGACAAGGGCCGCUUCCAGCACCUGGCUCAGACCACACUCCUGACUCCUGGGAGGAAGAUGGAGCUGCGCUGUAAAGGAAGCAGCAUCGGGUGGUCCUACCCAUCCAACCUGGACACCUUUAGUGACUCACGCCUCAGCAUCAAGCAAAGUGACAAGUACAGUCAGCUGAUCCUGACUUCCCCCUCAGCUGCAGACACCGGUUCAUACAGCUGCUGGGUCAUCGUGUGUGAUGGAGCAGAAUGCCAGAGGGACCAGGACCGUACCUACACCUCAUACAUCUACUUCCCAGCAGACAAAGACCAUCUCUUCGUCCCGUCUGCCAUCCACUUCGAGAUCGUGUACCUGCAUCCUGACAGGCCUGCCGUCGUCCCCUGUAGGGUGACUGAGCCACGUGCUGAGGUGUCCCUGCACAGAGAGGUCCCACCUGAGGAGAUCACUACCAACACAACUCAGGUGACCUAUGACCCGACUAGAGGGUUUGUCCUGCAGCAACCCAGACCAGAGCACCAAGGGGUCUUCUACUGCAAGGCUGUGUCCAAGGACACCCCCCAAGUCUCCACCAAGUACCAGCUGUUGUACGUGGAGGUUCCCAGUGGGCCUCCGUUUGUGAGCCUCGGAGCCUCCUCAGGGACCCUUGGAGACAACGUCAAUGUAACCUGCACCGUGCUGGGAGACCCGGAGGUGGAAGUGAGCUUCAGCUGGUCUUAUCCUGGUCAGGAUCAGCGUCCUGUUCACAUCCAGUCAUCCUGGAGGCUGGUUACCAGAGGGAUGGGCCACACCACCAGGUUGUCUCAGAGCGUCCUGACUCUGGAGGACAUCGAGACCAUUGAUUUUGGAGAUUACAUCUGUAAAGCGAAGAACCCGUAUGGAGAGACCAUCGUUGCAACAAAGAUAAACUCUGCGUGAUCAAACCAAAGAUGUGGCUUCUGAGGUGUGUUAGAGCUGUGAACCAGAUCUAAUCCACAAACUGAUUUUGCUCAAUUCUAAAAUGCAGUGGUGGGCAGUCAGGGCCAGCAAAGCCUUCUCUGCUGGCCUAAACAUACUCAAAAGCGUAAAUGUAUUUUUUUUCCUUUGGUAAUUAUUUUUAAAUAAAAAAAAAUGUUUACUGGUC